AUGGCGCGAGACCGGGACCCCGAUGUUCCCCAGCCAGGACCCGCACAACUCUCCUCCCAUGCUGGACCCGAUGAGUGGCUUACUCAAGCCAAGUUAUGCCGCUACCUACCAGAAUCAGAUAUGAAACGAUUAUGCGAAACAGUGAAAGAAUACUUGAUGGAAGAGUCCAACAUCCAACCCGUAAGUGCCCCAGUAACAGUCUGUGGAGACAUCCACGGCCAAUUCUACGAUCUUUUGGAGCUAUUCCGCGUGGCGGGAGGUAUGCCGGGCGAGGCUGAAGAAAGGGCAGCGAAUGCGGCGGCAGCUGAGAAGGAAAGGGAGACUGGAAAGAGUGACAGGGUCAGUAGUGCGGCGAUAAACGCAGCGGAUCUGGAACCGCCGACACAAAUUACGGAUCCGAAGGUAAGGAAGAAGAUGAAGAGGAGGUUUCAGAGGGACAGUGCUUAUACUUCUGGUGCGUCUAACGAUGGUUCGGAGGCGGUAGAGGAAGGCGAACUGCAACGAGGGAGGGUGAGAAGUCGGAGUAUGGGUCAGGAUGAGGACGAGGAGUACGGAGAGGAGGAUGAUGAGAGCGAGGAUAGUGGAGUCGGCGUCAGGAGUCCGGGUCCGAGUCGGAGCAAGAGUACGGCGAAGACAGAUAAUGCGAACGGGAAUCAGAAUUUCAUCUUUCUAGGUGACUUUGUGGAUCGAGGGUACUUUAGUUUGGAGACGUUCACAUUACUGAUGUGCUUGAAGGCGAAAUAUCCAAAUCGUAUAACCCUCAUCCGCGGCAACCACGAAUCCCGGCAAAUCACCCAAGUCUACGGUUUCUACGAAGAAUGCCAACAGAAAUACGGUAACGCCAGCGUAUGGAAGUCCUGCUGUCAAGUCUUCGACUUCCUCGCUCUAGCCGCUAUCAUUGACGGGAAAGUGCUAUGUGUACACGGUGGUCUGAGUCCUGAGAUCAGGACGUUAGAUCAGAUUCGAGUUGUGGCUCGAGCCCAGGAGAUUCCACAUGAGGGUGCUUUUUGCGAUUUGGUCUGGAGUGAUCCUGAGGAAGUGGAGACAUGGGCUGUUUCGCCACGAGGGGCAGGAUGGUUGUUCGGGGACAAAGUUAGCUCGGAGUUCAACCACGUCAACUCCCUCUCCCUAAUAGCCCGCGCCCAUCAACUCGUCAACGAAGGCUACAAAUACCACUUCGCCUCACAAGACGUCGUCACAGUGUGGUCAGCACCAAACUACUGCUACAGAUGUGGCAACGUAGCCAGUAUCAUGACGGUAGGCGAGGAUCUGAAGCCAGACUUCAAAAUCUUCUCCGCCGUGCCAGACCAUAGACGUGCUGUGCCGGCAGGCAGGCAGGGCAGAGGAGAGUACUUUUUGUAA